AUAUACACACAGACACUUCAUUUUGAGCAACUACCAUUGUUUUGUAUAAUGAAGUUGUGGAAGACUCCCCUGACAUCUCAGUUAUCUGAGAUGGUGAUGGCAAUAGUUGUUGUGGUUUUAUUGGCCACAACAAAAGGAGUUAAAAGCCGCAAGGCCCGGGAAGAUUUAGACUACUUUGAGUACUGCGCCAUGAGUUGCAGAGCCCACAGUGCUUCCUUGGCAGAGUUUGGAGGAGUUGGUGAUGGAAGCACAUCAAACACCAAGGCUUUUCAGGCUGCCAUCAAUCAUCUCAGUCAGUAUCAAUCUGAUGGUGGGGCACAGCUCUUUGUUCCUCCUGGUAAAUGGUUAACUGGCAGCUUCAACCUCACCAGCCAUUUCACCCUCUAUCUCCAUAAAGAUGCAGUUCUUCUUGCUUCUCAGGAGGAGAGUGAAUGGCCGGUGAUCGAACCACUUCCAUCGUACGGUCGAGGGAGGGACACGGACGGUGGGAGAUUCAUCAGUCUGAUAUUUGGAACCAAUCUCACUGACGUUGUAAUAACAGGGGACAAUGGCACCAUUGACGGUCAAGGUGAAUUAUGGUGGCAAAAAUUCAAGAAGGGAGAGUUAAAAUACACCCGACCGUACCUGAUCGAAAUCAUGUAUUCUGAAAAUAUCCAAAUUUCCAAUCUCACUUUGAUUAAUUCUCCAUCAUGGAACGUCCAUCCUGUUUACAGCAGCAAUGUUCUUGUUCAAGGCAUUACAAUUCUUGCACCAGUGACAUCUCCAAACACAGAUGGGAUCAACCCAGAUUCUUGCACAAAUACCAAAAUUGAAGACUGCUACAUUGUCUCUGGGGAUGAUUGUAUAGCAGUAAAGAGUGGUUGGGAUCAGUAUGGUAUUGCUUUUGGGAUGCCAACUAAGCAGCUUGUGAUCAGACGGCUCACAUGCAUUUCUCCAUUCAGUGCUGUGAUUGCACUUGGGAGUGAGAUGUCUGGUGGGAUCCAAGAUGUGAGGGCAGAGGACAUUCUGGCCAUUGAUUCAGAAUCAGGAGUUAGGAUCAAAACUGCUGUGGGAAGAGGAGGCUUUGUGAAAGACAUAUAUGUGAGAGGGGUGACUAUGAAAACCAUGAAAUGGGCAUUUUGGAUGACAGGAAACUAUGGAUCACAUGCAGACAAUGGCUAUGAUCCUAAUGCUCUUCCUGUGAUCCAGAAUAUAAAUUAUCAUGACAUGGUUGCUGAGAAUGUAACAAUGGCAGCUAAGCUGGAGGGAAUACCUGGUGAUCCGUUUACCGGAAUUUGCAUAUCGAACGUUACGAUUACACUGGCAAAGAAGGCAAAGAAAUUGCCAUGGAAUUGCACUGAUGUUGCUGGGAUUUCAAGUGGUGUGGUUCCUCAGGCAUGUGGGCUUCUGGUAGACCAGGGGCCAAGUAAUGUUGCAGCAUGUAAUUUUCCAGAAGAGAGCCUGCCAAUUGAUAAUGUUCAAGUUCAGGUGUGCUCUUACAGGAGGAAGCACUUGUGAUAGAUUGAAACAUCCUUGUCUAGGAAUUUGUUUCCCAUGAACAAUGAUCGAUUAUAUUACAAAGUUUUAUUUAAAACAAUCGAGAAAAACAAUUUGAAAAGUUAAAUCGACUGCUUGAUGCA